GCAAUAGGGGGGUUGUUGUUUGUGGUGAUCUCAUAGAAGUCAGUAGGCGCAUUGUUAUAUCAGGCCAGGCGACGAUGAGCAGGCAUGUUUCGCAAGGGGAAAAAGCGGCACAACAGCAGCAGCUCACAGGGCAGUGAAAUCAGUGCAAAGAGCAAGUCCAUAGACUCCAGUUUGGGUAAGCUCUCACGCUCCAGCACUGUUGCAAGCCUCGACACCGAUUCCACCAAAAGCUCCGGUGUUGCGAAUAGCAGUGCGAACAUCGCCGAGUUCCGCGUGCGGUAUCUGGGGGCCUUGGAGAGAGUGCGAGUGGGAGACUAUGGGGCUCUGCAUACACCAGCGGACAUAAUCAAUUGCAUCGACUUAGCCCAGCAAUAUGGAAAGCUUCCAUUUGUUGCCUCUGAAGAAGAAGUCACUCUUCUCGUUUCAAAACAUGGCAUCAAAAUGAUUGCUGCAGAUCACUUGGACGUGCUCCAGCGACACCCACUCUACCUCAUUGUGCUCACGGUUUGUUUUGACGAUGGAUUUGGCAUGGGCAAGCAUCUGCUCGCCCUCAAGACCGCGGAGCCACAUCGCACCGAGCAGAGCCUCUGGGUUUACCAGUGCAGCAGCCUGGAUCAAGGACAAGCUAUCUGCCGUGCAAUGUCAUCUCUGUUUGACGUGGUCCUGGGUGCAGUGAAGUCGUGAGGACAUGACAAACAAGCACAACUAAAUGUUGUACCUAAUCACUCGCCGUCAAGAUGUUUUGAAAAAUGUCAACAUGAUCAGGAUAAAUUAUACCGAGAAUGCCGAUUUGACACGGCAAUUAAAAUGGAAGGCACAAUCUCAAUGAUGGUUAACUGGCCUGCAGAGGAUUGUUGGAUAACCCUCACCUUACAAAUUGUGUGUAGGUGGUUCUUAACUGUAGCAUUGUUUGUUUAACAAUCACUGAACUUGGUCAAAUGUAGCACUUUCCCAAAAUAUGAAUCUACUGUACUGUAAUACGAUGGCACACUAUUCAUGUAAACACGUGAUUGUAUUCUUGUGCCAUGUAUAGACACGGAUCGGCUGAUAUAAAAUUUGUUCUGAAUCUAGUAUAAUUGAACUUGACGGAAAUUCAAUCGAUUUAACCUUUGGGAUUUGAACUCGCACUUUUACAAUUGCGAGUCAUGCACUCGAACAAUCGUUGUGACCAAAAGGCGUGCGGAGGCCUUUAUCCAGCAGUGGAUUGACAGGGCUGGAUGACAGAUUAUAUCGUCCACAAAAUAAACAAGCCUAUGGUUGUAAAUGCUCAUGAACAAAUGGCUUGCCCAAGACAAAGCACAAGUCAUGAUUGCUUCUGUACUGGAGGCUAAGCAGGGAGAACACUGGUCAAUACCUAGACUACAAAAUGCCAUCCGGGAAUGCCAGAUGACGCUGGCACAUAGGAAGGCUUGCAGCCAGGCUUCUAUUCAUCUAUAUUGAGCUGAUAAAAACCCUCUCGAACCAGAAUCUUACAAUACAAUUGGUUACGGGAUUUUUAUUUUUAACUAUUAGAGUUGCACAUCGGGCAGGAAUGAAGCAGUUCCUCAUAAUUGGAUAUCGCAUGUAAUUGUUCAGUGUUACUCGGUUCAUCCUGAUAACUGAUUUCAUGAGUAUAAAUGCAUAUGGUUGGGAUAGUGUUUGGUUGAUUUAAUAACAAGUCACGAACAGCUCUUUGUCAAUCCACUUCCGGAUGAAGGUCUUCCCUGCACCAUGUCGGGUGUGGGAUUUAUUUGACACUGUAUGUUACCACGGUGGUCAAGACGAGAUAGUGAAGGGGAUAUCCAGAACCAGUUCAAAUGUCACUCGCCAAUGAUAUUAGCCAUGGCUGGGAAUAAAACUCGACUCACCAGGUUCAUAGUGCCUUGUGCUAUGAACCCCGUUUUUUUUAAGACAUAUCUAACUAUAUUUUUUCUAAAGGGGAAUUAGAAAACCAGAGCACAUCAUAAGUGAUAAAGUUGAUGCGUAUUUGCGAACCUAAAACUGUUAGUUUUUACUUUGUUCUCUAAGCUUUUGAUCAAUGUUCAUGAUUGUCUUUAAAAUGUAUCGGUCGUUUCUUCUAUCCAACCCUGUGAUGUACUUGUAUAAAGGAAUGCAUUCACAAUUUGUAUUAUUCACAUUUCAUAGUUUUAUACAAUAAUAAAAACAUUUCAAGGAAUGUUGAAAAUUU